AUGACAGUCCGCUUCACUCAACGGCCCAUCAAUCUGUCCCGGGGCUGGCCGCAUCCCUCGCUACACCCCACGGCAGUCCUGUCAGAAGCAUCCAAGGCCGUCCUGAACUCGCCGGCACUCUCGGAGCCCGCCCUAGGCUACGGCCCGGAUGAAGGAGAUCCCUCGCUGCGUGCCGAGAUAGCAAGAUGGCUGACGGCCUUCUACCAGCCACAGGAAGCCGUGGAUGCUGGUCGGAUAGCGAUAUCUGGCGGCGCCAGUCAGAACUUGGCCUGCGUGCUGCAGGUGUUUUCUGACCCAGUGUAUACGCGGAACGUAUGGCUGGUGUCGCCGACAUAUUAUCUUGCCUGUGGCAUGUUCGAUGAUGCUGGGUUCGGAGACAAGCUGAGAGCCGUCAGGGAGGAUGCCGAGGGUAUUGACGUUGGCUUUCUCGAGAGGGAGCUGAAGAAGAGCGAGGAACGGGCAGUGGCAGACGGGAAUCUGGAGCCGAAAUUGAAGCCCCCACGCCCAUGGAGGAAGAUAUAUAAGCAUAUUAUCUAUGCAGUUCCUACCUUCGCCAAUCCGUCAUCUAGAAUCAUGUCCGUCCGCCGACGUACGCAGCUUGUCCGUCUCGCUCGACAGUAUGACGCACUGGUGGUGACGGACGACGUCUACGACUUUCUACAGUGGCACAUCGAUCCGUCAUGCACGCAACCACAGCUUACGACUGCCGUUGCACCACGUCUGGUUGACAUCGAUCGUUUCCUGGACGGCGGGCCAAGGGACGAGUUCGGACAUUCAAACUUCUCGGCCCUGGAUGUCGAGUUGGGUGGGUUGAAGGGACGGAGAAGUUUGUAUAUGGCGUUGGACAGACGUAAGUUGAACUUUCACUACCUGGAUAUUAAUUCAUCACUGCCGACAACAUCCGACAAGACUAACCGCGGAGAGAAUCACAGAGGCUCGACACGUUCUGGCGGCGCUCCCUCACAGUUGACGUCUACCUUCAUCUGCCAGCUCCUCUCCUCCGGCUUCAUCCAGUCGUAUAUCCCAGAGGUGCUUUGUCCAGCAUACUCGAAACGGUACCACAUCCUGCGCGCCGCAAUCGAAAAGCAUCUCCACCCCCUUGGUAUAACCUUCACCAAACCCCUUGCCCCGUCACCACCAUCUGGUAGCAGCGACAAGAUAAUGCCUAGUGAGAUUUCAGGCGGUUACUUCUUCUGGCUCCGCCUUCCUCCAGGCAUCUCAGCAAAUCGUGUGACCAGGAUUGCUGCAGAGGAGCUGAAUCUACGGAUUGCCGCUGGAGAAGGAAGCAAGGUCACUGGUGAAGGCGCAAAGCCAGACUAUGACUAUGCAGACGCCGACGGGCCGCUGGACGACUUUGUGCGUAUCUGUCUGGCGUACGUGGACGAAGAUAUGCUGGAGGAAGGAGUCCAGCGCCUUGCACAGGCUGUUGAAAAGGCAAAGCAGGACACAGGAUGUUAG